AUGUGUCGAACGCUUCGAACGAAUCGCAACGGGCUACCCAACGGGCAAGGGAAGGUGACCUGGGACUUCCUGGGCUUAAAUGGCGUAUUGGAGCAAUACCUGACGAGAAACCCUCCGAUUGAUGAUUGGACAGGACGACUCUAUCGAGACGAGCUAGCCAUUUCUCCAGCCUCUGGCUUCAGCUGUCUCGGAGAGAAUGACAAUUGCGUCGUGGCUACGGAUUGCGGCUCCUACGAUCAAUCAACAGGGCCUUGGAUUUCCAUCGCCUUGCACAAUUUCUGGCGCCUGACCAGAGCUCAAAUUAAAGGAUAUGAUCGUGCAAUCGAGACAUGGGACAGAAAUAAUCAACAACUAGCAAAAGCAGUCUUCACGACAGCCUUUGGUCGCAACCGGAAGGAGUUUGAUGUCGGGGCCUUCUUCCAGGGGUUUUUCACUGGUGUUUCGUUGGUCAUGCCGGUCCUUAGAGCAGGUGGAAGCUUUGCUCUGGCAUUGAGGGGUACCCUACAAGCAGGUGCAAAGCAAGCAACCCGCUCAAAUAUCAGACUUUUGCUUGCAGAUGAUCCCACAGCCGAUGGCAGGCCCUUCGUCCAAUCUUUGAGAGAAGCAUAUGCUCCUAUGCAGGCAGACCUGCGGGCCAUUUUGAGAGGAUUUAUGGACACGGGGAUCACCGAUCUUUUCUUCAAUCCUACAGUCCGACAGACUGUGGCGUUCCUGCAGAAUGGUGAUUUGCUCAAUGCCAUCACUCAAACCGACGACGAGUUGAUCCAAGAAGCGGCCGAUUCCAUCAUCAGACAAACGGCUGCAAACAUCAUUGCUGAUAUCUGGUCGAAACAAGGCCUCACCCUCGGUCUUUUAGCGAAUAGCCAAUGUAGUGACACCAAUAUCUGUGCUGUUGACCCGGAUGGGUGCAGUGAAUUCCGAUUCUUUGCCAGCGACGUCAGACCUCAAAGAUGUCUUCAAAUCGGUGCGGGAUUUGAGUUCAACUCAGAUCUGCCCUUCCUUCUCCGACAGUUGAAGCUCGAUUUUCAAGAUAUCAGCAAGAACGCAUUUGUCUGUCCGAGGCCCGGAGUGUUUCCUCCACAAGAGACAAACAUCAUCGAUUUUGGACUACCACAAUGCGCCUUUCCUCUGAGACAUGACUAA